AGGCUAUGUAAUAUUGCUAACUGUUAGCAAAACCAGACUCACCAACGGGUAGGAGCUAACGUAACAUAACCAGAUGUGGGAAACCAUUCGGCUAUGAAUAGAUGUUGCCUACCGACUUAUAAACGUAUUAUCAUUAAGUGUGUGAUAAUAACAAACAAGGCCCUAGUGUUAUUAACUCUUCAGAUAACGUUCAUUUGAAUGGGGACUGCCAGGAGGUUGGGCUAGUUUUUUAGGCCAUCAGCAAGACCCGCCUAGCCAGCGUUAGCUUAGCUGAAUAGCAGUGGCGCUAUCUGCUACUGGCUUUCUAACCGGCGUCAUACCGUAUCCGGUGCGUUAGCACGGCUUUUAACGACUGUAAAGUUGUCAAUAUAUGAUAGAAUAAACGUCAAUGUUGAAUGCUAACGGUUACCGAUAUGUUUAAAAUGGCAACACUAGCUUGUUGUGUGAAAUAUUUGUCAUGGUAAGCUGAACUGAUAACGCCGAGGCGGAUUAUAUUUUAAAAAGACGUGACGUGGUAAAUCAUUCAUCGUUGGUUAACGUUUCACUGGUUAAGGAUCAGCCAACGCCAGCUAAGUAGUUCUUAGCUAGCUUUUCUCGUUAGCAAGCUAACAAAGAGCCGUUGCUCCUCCUAGCUUUGUAUGCUCUAUGUUGCCAUUUCAAAUGGCUCUGGUGUCACUUUUAAGGCGGCGAGGAAAUGGUGAAACUGGACUGAAGCAUAUUCAGAGUGUCUAGCUAUCCUGCCAACAGUUGGAAGUUUGGUGCCUGUUACAGGCUCUGCAUGUUUGUUCCUCGCCAGUGAUUCCUUAUGCUUGAAAGAAGCUGCUCCCUGUGUGUUACACGAUGGAUGGUGUGAACUUAAAGAGACUUGUGUAUCGACAUCAGCAAUCUGUGUUCUGCUGUGGUGUUCAGUCUUUUACCAUUUACAAGAGAACACCUCCCAUCCUUCACCUCCAAGCUCUGCACUAUAUAUAUAAAGACCUUCUUUAAGCAAUAAAAAAGUCAGCUGCAGAUAGAAGUUGUAAAACUUCUGUCUUUUUUCUUUUUUAAAGCACAGGUCGAUAUUGCUUACAUAAGCUUAUAUGGCGGACAUGGAAGUAUCCUUAUUUUAAUUCUUCAGUUGUUGUACCCCCUUACUCUUAGUGUAGGUGGUGGGAUGUCGGAAAAGCCAGACACCAAAAUGGUGAAGUUCCUGGCUCCCCCUCAGAAGAGUGGCAAUGGUCCCAGUUCUGGUUCAGAUUCAAUGGUGAAUGAAUGCCGGCCAACAGAAGUGAGACGCAGGCAUCACACGAUGGAGCGUGAUCGAUGUAACCCUGAACACCGUUUCUUACGCCGCAGUGUCAUCAGUGAUUCCAAUGCUACAGCAUUGGCCCUCCCUUUGCCUAGCAAGAUCCCAAUCCCUGCACCUCAACGGGUUCAGCUACUUGAAGCGGUCCCCCAGCGGCAACAGACUGCUGCUGUUGUUCAUCUACCAUGGUCUGAGCCGGAUUUAGCUAAAAAUGAGCAGUCAACUGGAAUUGGAAAAGGAGGAGAAGAGGGAAAAGAUAUAGAAAUAGCCAAGGUGGAUGUAGUGCCUUCAGAACAGCAGCCUGCCAUUGUGCAAGAUAUCUGUGAUGGGGAGGUUGUAGUGGUGCACUCUGCACCGUGCUUAGGAACAGAAUUGCCAAGUCAAACAGAAUCUGAAAGCACCACUGAUGUGAAGGUACAUCAUGAUGAAGAGGGGGAGGAAGAAGAUAAGGACUCAGCCAAGGCACGAGCAGAGGCAGAACAGCGUGAAGCUGAGAAAAAAGUGCAGGAUGACAUUGAGGAGGCAGAGACCAAAGCGGUGGGAACAUCACCGGAUGGGCGUUUCCUAAAGUUUGAUAUAGAAAUUGGACGAGGCUCCUUCAAGACUGUCUACAAAGGCUUGGACACUGAGACCACAGUGGAGGUGGCUUGGUGUGAACUGCAGGAUCGUAAGCUCUCAAAGACAGAGAGGCAGCGCUUUAAGGAGGAAGCUGGGAUGUUAAAGGGAUUACAGCAUCCCAACAUUGUCCGUUUUUAUGACUCCUGGGAGGGACCCUCCAAAGGCAGGAAGUGCAUUGUACUGGUCACUGAACUCAUGACUUCUGGCACACUCAAAACGUACCUGAAGCGGUUCAAGGUGAUGAAAAUUAAAGUUCUGCGGAGCUGGUGUAGACAAAUCCUCAAGGGACUCCACUUCCUUCAUACUCGGGCUCCCCCCAUCAUCCACAGGGACCUUAAGUGCGACAACAUUUUCAUCACAGGCCCAACAGGAUCCGUCAAGAUUGGAGACUUGGGACUGGCCACACUCAAGCGGGCAUCGUUUGCCAAAAGUGUUAUAGGUACCCCUGAGUUCAUGGCGCCUGAGAUGUAUGAGGAGAAGUACGACGAGUCAGUGGAUGUGUAUGCCUUUGGAAUGUGCAUGCUGGAGAUGGCCACCUCAGAGUACCCUUACUCAGAGUGCCAGAAUGCUGCACAGAUCUACCGCAGAGUUACCAGCGGGGUGAAACCAGGCAGCUUUGACAAGGUGGCCAUUCCUGAAGUGAAGGAGAUCAUCGAGGGAUGUAUUCGUCAGAACAAGGACGAGAGGUACUCGAUCAAGGACCUUCUGAACCACGCCUUCUUCCAGGAGGAUACCGGAGUGCGUGUGGAGUUGGCAGAAGAGGAUGAUGGAGAGAUGGAGGCUAUUAAGCUGUGGCUGAGAAUUGAAGAUGUGAAGAAGCUCAAGGGGAAGUACAAAGACAACGAAGCUAUUGAGUUUUCUUUUGACCUCAGCAAAGACGUCCCAGAGGAUGUGGCUCAGGAAAUGGUUGAGUCUGGUUAUGUGUGCGAUGGUGACCACAAGACCAUUGCAAAGGCCAUAAAGGACAGGGUGUCCCUAAUCAGUCGCAAGAGAGCGCAACGUCAGCAGGUCAGAGAAGAUCAGGAGAAGAGAAGGCUUGAAGAAGAACAACAGAGUCAGUUACUGCCAGCUAAGCAAUCAGGCCAACAGUCAAGCACGGAGGUGCCUCAGUCCCAGCAAGUGCCACAGCCUGCUUGUUAUGUCCCUCCACAACCAAACCAACAUAGCAUACAGAUGUCUACCCAACCUGCAUCUCAGCAGAGCCUGCAGAGCUCCAACUACAGCACUUCUCAAUCAACCCAACUGACCAGCAUGGCACAGGUGGUCCCUUAUGUCCCCCAGUCAACUGGACAAGCAUCAGCUUCAGUUCAGGGUCAGAGUGUGUCCACCAUCCAGCCAGAGUCAGAGGAACCUGAAACUGACCAACAACUACAGCACACUGGAGGAGCUGGCCACACUGGAGACAGACUACCUGGUUCCUCCAGCCUUCCUGAAGCCCAGCCUCCUCAGUCUGGAAUAUCCUACAGCUCCCUUACCGGUCAGCACCUUCAGGCCCAGGUGUCGUGCUCGCAGACACAAAAUGACCAAACGCAGCAACAGCAGUUGUCAGCGGUUCAACCCCAGAUGCACGGUGUUCAGCCUGAAGUUGUUCCCGUUGCGCCCAGCAGCCAGUCUGUUCCAGUUACAUCUCCACAGUACGGAGUUUACUACCAACCAUCGCUUCCCCCUCAGAUUCCUACCCAGCAAGUGAUGAUUCCGCCAUCCUCUCAGUCAUCCCCCUCACAGCAGCAGCCACAUUCAGACAGCAGCAGUACUCCUCAGAGCUCCACUGUACCGCAGUUGCAGACUGGAGUUCAGCAGCUACAGGCCAGUGUGAGUGUUCCUCAGUCAACACCAGCAGAGCAGCCUGUAGGCUCAACUGCUCUGGUGCCACCAAGUGUAGAAAGCUGCCUGUCAGAUGCAGCUUCAGGUCUUAGUGAUGGCAAUGAUGGAACUUCUACAUCAGGAGGUCGCCACGAAGGACGCUCACUGAAGCGUCACCAGCGCAGAUCCGUACGCAGCCGCUCCCGCCACGAGAAGACAACAAGGGCCAAGCUAAAUGUUCUCAGUAUCUCCAAUGUGGGCGACAGAGUAGCAGAGUGCCAGCUGGAGACGCACAACAGAAAGAUGGUGACCUUCAAAUUUGACCUUGACGGUGAUAAUCCAGAGGAGAUUGCAGAGAUCAUGGUUAAGAGUGAGUUCAUCUUGGAGAGUGAGUGGGAGUCCUUCAUUGAGCAGAUCCGCGAAGUCAUAGAAAUGGCUGACGAGAAAGGAGAAGGCAUGAAGGAAGGUUUUUCCCAGAUGAGUGAUCACCAACAACAGCCUGAGCUAUCUGUUCCCAUGCUGCCAGGCAUUUCUCCCAACACUGCAGCUCAAGUGGUGCAUUCAGCAGGGCGAAGAUUCAUAGUCAGCCCAGUGCCCGAGUCCCGUCUCAGAGAACAGUUCUUUGGUGCUCCUUCUGCUAAUACUUCCUUUGGAGAUGAACCUGCCCCGGCUCCCACUAUGACACUGGGCCUUUCUCUGUCUGCUUCAUCUGGGACUCUUCAGCAGGCUUUCAGUAAAAUGAGGCAAGAUCGUAUAGAGAGAUCCAACACCCUUGAUCCUCCUGCUGCAGAGCAAGAAUCUGGCACUGUCCCGUCCACUGAAGCUGGACUAGGCCCAAAGACUAGCAAUAUACUGGCUCCUCCAGAGGGUGUAGCUUCUGCCACAAGCAUUGCUUUUCCUGCCGUGUCUCUCUCAUCUACUGCAACAUCCUCACCACCUUCCUCAACUGGGAGGGUUUCCCCUCCUCCUACAUCCACUCAGUCCCAAACUCUAGCUCCUGUCACCACUGAUCCCAGUCCAGCUCCUCAGUCUUCACAUGAACCAGUCCCUUCACAGCAUCCACCAGCUGCCAGCAUUCCUCCCUCAUCUUCCACCAUUUCUCCUCCAUCAGUACAGAGUUCCGUCCCUUCAGUACCUGGGCCUCAGCCGAGCAGUAGUUCUGUUUCUGUCUCAUCUGUUGCUAGUGUUACAUCCAGUAGUACUGGUUCUGUCCCUGCUUCGGAGCAGCAGCCUUUUAGUAGUGCUGUUACGUCUUCUCAGUCUAUCAGUUCAUCCAUCCAUGCACCACAGCACACAAACUCCCAGAGUCAUCCUGUCCCUAUUUCCACUCAGCCCCCUCCUCCCACUUCCUUACCGAGUCAGAGCCAGGUGCAACCACAAAUUGUGGAGUCAGAGGGAGCAGAGCUCCAGACCAAGGCCGCUGGCGGAGAUGAUAUCCAAACUCUAGAUAAGAAGCUACGGUCCCUCUUUAAAGACCAGAGUUCUGCCUCAUCCUCCACAUCAGUUGACCCCAGUCACAGCACAGGCACCUCCUCUCCUCCCACCGGGACUUCUUCCCCUCCACCUGGUGCUGUCCUGGUGCCCCCAUCUAACCUUCCACUCACCUCUGGGGUGCAGGGUGUGCUGGGUCCCACAACCACCCCAGGACAGAGUACCACCCCGGCAGGACAUGCACAGACGCCUCCAACUAAGCCCAGGGCACAGACGUUACCUACCGGUUUUGAUCAAGCUGCCACACCACCCUCUGACCUUGUACCCCCAUUUCCUGGACCAAAUCAGUCACAGCAGCCCCUGGGUAAUUUGGAUGCCGAGUUGAGGAGAGCCCUGAGUCCAGAGACUGUUCAGGGAGGCAACAGAGUCCAGCCCCAAGCAGCAGGUUUCACUCUUGGACGUUUCCAAGUGUCUGUUGCCACUGAUAGUGCAUCUAACACCGUUGCAGAUCCUUUGAACGUUGUCUCCUCUUCUUCCCUUACACCGUCCUCUACCUCUACCUCCUCCUCCUCAUCUUCUUCUUCUUCUUCUUCGUCUUCCUCGUCCUCCCCCUCAAGUCCCGAAAAUACCCUCCAUCGCUCAUCCUCUCUGGCCAAAGGAGUUGGUGAAACUGACACUCUGAAUGGAGCCUCAUCUCUCUCUGUUGGUCCUUCCCAUCAGUCCACUACUAUUGGGCGUUUCCAAGUGUCUGCAAGCACCAAUGCCACAUCUCCUCCUGCUGGCUCUAAAGUGGGACGUUUUUGUGUCACAGUGACCCCGGCUCCAGCAGUAGGCUCUGGUCCAUCACAUGGUUCUUGUAAGCAGAAUGGUCCCUCAUCUUCAACCUCCGAUCCUCCUCACACACACACCCAUUACAGUAGUGACAAUGACGAUGACUCUGAGGCUGAGGAUGAAGCUUUGCAGAAAGAAAUCAGCCGUCUCAGAGAAAAACAUAUGAUGGAGAUCCAGGCCUUGCAGACUCGUCAGAAAGAGGAGAUAGAGUCUCUGUUCACGCGGAUGAGAAAACCACCCCCCCCUUCUGUCUUCUCCCCUGCUGUAGCUAUGGCUGGAGGGCGACGACGGCGCAGAAGCCACAAGUCUGCUCGCAGUAGUGGACAGCCCAGCCCCAUACACUCAGCAUCCCCAGUCUCUGCUCCGAGUCCUCAUGGUUCAGAGUCCUCUCCAAAGCAAAGUUCACCCUCAGUAACAGAGGCCUCAGAAAGAGCUACAGAGGUAUCACAAGCAGCUAUGAGGUCAUCUCCAUCCAUGCCCAGUCUCAGUAGUUGCUCCACAGCACCAAGUGGAACCAGCUCCACAAAUGGUUCAGGCCACUGCCAGAACCACUCUGCUUCCCUGACCCAGGCGACUGGACCCAAUCCUCCUGCCUCUCACACCCAGAAGGGCAAGGGCACCUUUACUGAUGACCUGCACCAGCUAGUGGAUAACUGGGCCAGAGAUGCCAUCAAUCUCUCCCAGUGCAAGAGAGGUCCAAAAACUGGAACACAGAUAGCACCAGGACAUGAUAUUAUCCCUCCAGCCAACAUGGGCCGUAAAUUCUCUGCUCCAGCAUACCUUUGCUCAAACCUUCCAGCACCUUCCAACACCACGUCCACCACCGCCACCGCUCACCUCCCCAACCCAGCCAAUCCCUCUGUCCCUUUGGGGCCUCGUAAAGGCUCUCUGGGCCCAGUUGCCCCGGGGUUUGGAUAUGCCUCAGCCCCGUACAGCGCUCCUCAGUGGGCAGGACCCACAGGCACGUGCCAGGUCAGCAUGCUUAACCCUGCACAACCACUAACACAGUACCAGCCGCCUACGACCGCAGCAGUGUCUCUGCACCAAGGUUACCACAUGGGAGCCACGUCAGCCCCCCAGAAAUCAGUCAGCCAAGGAGGGUCCAACCUGAGGCCCACGUAGCCCAGUCAGAGCCCUGGUCCAGGCUAAGACAGAGGGGCCACACAGGGCAGAGAGGGCAGACAGUUGAUGAACGAGAACCACUAGCUCUCUUUGCUAGUAAGCUAGUUAGCUGGCUGGAUAUCGUGCUUUUUAUUUUUAUUUCAACUUUUAUUAUUAUUAUUGUGUUUUCUUUUUCCUGUAAUUGAGUUGACCUGUGUGGUUCAAGUCCUUUCAGGCAGAGUGAAAUCAGCCUGACAAUUGGAGGGAGAGUGCAAUACACAUCCACAGCAUAAGAAUCUCACACUUAGCCUGCCAUUAUCUGUGGAAUCGAGCUGUGACGAGUCGGUUGGUCGUGUCUGGUGAUGUAAUGACCCAAAGGCAUAACCAGCAGCAGCCAAAGAUGUCUUUUGAGAGCAGACUUUGCAUUGUCAGCAUUCCUUUGAAGACGAGAACGUAGGAGGGAUUCUGGUUCACAUACUAACUGGUCCUGAUGUAAAUCCGAUCCAUUAAUCUGCUUGAGUGAUUUGGGAUGAUAGGUUAAGUUGUCUCAGAGAGUGAGGAGGGCCGUACCAAAAGUGGGAGAUAAGUGUGGGACAGUGAGUUUGUCCCUGAUGGAAAAGUAAAGUGUGACUGCUGAAGUUGAGAGAAGAAAGACAUGGUAAGUUAGGCAAGAGCGUAAUGGAUGGGGUUGCAGUAUGAAUACAUCCCAGUGGCUACCUAUUAAGAAAAAUGCAAUAAUGGCAAAGAGUAGAUAUACUGUCCCUUGUAACUGUGGCCUUAAUCCCCAAACACAUUAAAACAUUGAGUUUGUACAUAGAUAUUUCUUCACUGGGUUAUGAUUCCAUGUUUAGCAUAUUUAUGUCCCCAUGAGAGUCUGGUGUCAUUGUGAUUUGAGCUUUUUGUCCAUACAGAUUUAUUAUCAUACUGAUUUAAUCUUUAUGUCUCAUAUGUAAGCCAGUAGAUCUGCCGUAUAAAAAGUCGUGGGCCUGGUGUUGAUCACCAUCCAGUUUAAAUCUUAAGAGGUGUUGCUGCUGUAAAUCACAGUUUGGGUAGGUAGGGGUUUACAGGGUGUUCAGUUUUUAUUAUUAUUUUUUUUUAAUGCAAGAAUUAUAUCUUGUCCAGAAUCCCAAGAUGACACAUGAAACCACAUCACUUAGUGCUUAGCAGUGAGAUAUGAGCAGUUCAAGAUGUGACCGUCAUAUCAUACAAAAUUAAACAGGUGUUUGUUUUUUUUUCGUUUGUUUGCUUGUUUUGGCUUUUUUGGAAAUAGUAUUCGUGGAAGGGAUGCAGUAUCUCAACAUCUCCUAGCUGUUUAGGCAGAUAGUACACAGAUGAACUGGUUGUUAGUGAAGUCAUGUCACAUUAAAUAUCUCUGCUUAUAAUAUUUAGCCGUCACUUCUCAAAUCACAAGUGUCUGGGGUUCUCUCUUUCUGUGGUCUGUUUUUGUAUGCGUAUAUUUAAUAAAACAAAUGUUCUUUAUGGACCUGUAUUCAGCCAUCAGAUUUUGAUGUUGUCUCACUGUAAUUAUUAUUAAAGGUUGUUAAACAACAUGUAGUUAAAGGAAUAUAAAAAAAGUGCAAUUGCAGGGUUGUUGUUGUUGUUGGUAUUCUAUUCACCAGGCAGGAAUAAUCCUGCAGUUUAUUAAGCUCUUCUAUCUAUGACUGCCCUGCCCCUCCCUUUUCUAUUUAAUUGUAUAUAUGUUCACUUAAUGCUCAGUCGCUAGAGUAUGCUUGUGGUGACCCACUCUACAUGCACAUGCACUCUAACUGUAAAACAUGAGGAACACUUUAGUGCCUUGCAUCCUCACUAAUGACAAGUUCCAGAUUCAUCUAGUCCCUGUAGCUGUGACUGUACUGCAGAAAACCAGUUAACGAAAUCUGUAAUACACAACGUAAACACAACUUGUGGCUCCGUAACUGUCACGCGGCCAACUCGGAGGAUUUAACACUCUGAAACACGAGACUAGACACGACACACGGGAGUGCAGAACAAAGAGCACACUGAGUAAUGUCGAAACUGUUUCUUUUCUCUCUACAGUUACAUUUGUGUUGGUUGUGUAAUCAUCUGUGUAUUUAUAUUUGGCUCAUGCAUUCAUGGAUUUUGCUGACAUUUGUUCUUGUGGAUUUAUCAUUGAACCGUCGAAUAGAAGCACUUGUUCAGGCAGUGAGUGAGCUGUGUAAAGGUUUAAAAGUUGUUGCACCCUCAUGACUGGCUCAACCUUUGUCUCACGCGAGUGCCAUGCUGCCAUUGUGACUGUUUCGCCUGCUCGUAGAUUGGACGAAUAGUUAAACUUCUCUAGAGAAAAAGUAAGUUACUGCAAUGCAGAAUAUGCAAUGUUUAAAGUUUUAAAGGGACUAAGGGGUAAUGGAAACAUUUGCAUGCUGAUGAGGGUUGUUACUGACUUCAAUGUUUUUGAUAUUGGACUAUUAGAGAUCUUUGUUGUUGUUUUUUUUUUUUGUUUUGUUUUUCUUCUUUGCCUUUUUGAGAGUCAUCACUUAAGUGUUGAUCUGUUCAAAUGCCAUUCACCAGUAUCACAGGCACAACUUCAAUAUCGGACUAUCAGCAUAUGAUUUCUGCAUGCCAGCUUCACUGAUGUUUAAUCUUACAAAUGACAACCAACUUGCAGCUGACCCCACUGUACAGCACAAGCUCUCGACAAAGCUUAAGGUUCAUGUGCUACUACGCUGUUAUCAGUAACUGUCAGACCUCUAUACAGUACUGUUUGAGGCUGCUGACACUCAGUAAUAUCUGUUGAGCUCUUUAUUUCUGAUCCCUCCUUACUGACUUCCUGUGAUUCAGUGUCUGUUUUGUGUAUGUUUUUCACAUUGUACAAAAUGUAAAAACAAAUAAAAAUAAUAUCAGUUAAA